CAAUCUUACAUAGUUACCCAGUUUUUAUUUACGAAUUUUUGCUGCGUUUUGCAGAGUUAAUCAAUUGAAAGAAAUAUAGAAUGUACUAAAGGUGUCGGCUAAAUAUGGUUGACCUAGGUGUAUGUUCGGUGUUUGAUGAAUUUUUCAUGUUUUUUCUAUAGAUAUAAUAAUGAAUAACGAAAGAAAAAGUAAGAUACCCGCGGCACCUACUUUUGCCACCAGUGGCAAUCUAUUGUCAAAUGUAGCACCACCAACUGAACUACCAAAUUUUGUAACGACAACCACGACUCAAAUUCCACCGGUUUCCAACACCUCUAAAGCGGUACCAGCAGCACAAGAGAUGCCACCAGAACAAGCGAUGCCAGCAGCACAAGUGAUGCCAGCUGCACAAGUAAUACCAGCAGCUCAAGUGAUACCAGCAGCCCAACUCCCACCAACAAGCCAAAAUAUUGGCACAAUGCCCAGCCAAUCUUCACCAGAGAGUCCUGAGAAAUUUAGUCCGGCUAUCCCACUAUGCAAAGGGGAACCGACUCUACCUAUAAGAUCACCAGAGGACUCUUUGUCAUCUCUAUCACCAGAGUCAUUGCAUGAUUCUACACCGGAAACGGAGUUGGAGACGAUUGGUGACAUAAUGCCAGGCAGUGGCAUCCUAAAUUGGAUGAAAGGUGCCGUCUCUACCGGAGGGAUUUUACAAAGAGUUGCUGAAAAAGCCAAGAGUUCAGUUGAUUCCAUGAUAACCACACUCGACCCGCAAAUGAAGGAAUACCUAAACAGUGGUGGCGAUAUGGUGCUAGUGGUCGUUUCAGAUGCGACAAAAGUAUCAUCACCCGUGCGAGAGGCAUUCCAAACUGUUUUUGGAAAAGCAACAGUACUGGGCUAUCCAGCUGAAAGUGACGUCACAGCCAAACAACCGACCAGCUACGCAGCAGCCUACGCUUCGGCGAAGCAACGCAUCGCAUACAUACGCUCCAUGUACAGUGAGCUGACGAACAACGUGCCUGUACUCGCUAUCGAAGGAUUCAUCCAAGAGACUGUCACUGAUAGGUGGUACGACCUAAAUCUGCUGGUGCUAUCGCAGCCUUCGCUCGGUAUAGAGCUGCAAGUACAGUCGCAAGCUACCCCGGUGCCGUCGGCAGCAGUUGCGGCGGCUCGGGCGGCGACCGAGGAAGACUACGAGCACGCACAGACCGGAUUCAGUGUCACAAUCGAGUCCAUCAUGGCUACCAACUUACAGGUACUUAACGCACAAUGGCAGGAAGCAUCGACGGGGGUGUCUAGGAGGGAAAUACUGCUUUUGGCGGCGAAAUCACUGGCGGGCUCAUUCAAGAAGCUAUUGGCGGUGUCUGCAGACGCGAAUUAGAUAUACGAAUAAAUUUUAUCAAUAAAAUAC